GCAUUUAAACGGUGCGUUUUGGGGGUGGUGAGUGAAGAAGAGAGAGAAAUUGGGUUGCAGUGUGCAGGCAGGGAGUAGUAGAGCAGGAUCAGAUCGAGAUUGAAGUAGGCACUCCACUUGUGUUGGAACCUUGAUCGCAUCAUCAGACACACAAACACGAUGAAUUUCUUGAUGCGGUCCACCACACACGUGUAUUCCGAACGAGAAAAGUCUCCGUCGACUCCUCCUCCUCCUGAGCCUCGCGCAGAUGCAACUUCGUCGUUGGAGAAUCUCAUGUCCGAAGACCCCUACGCGCACUAUUCCACACUCCAUCACUUCGGCGGCGACGUCGAUGCCGAAAGCGGCGCUGCUCCAAAUUCCAAAAACGACGUGCCGUUUUUCGCUAAACACUUGGAUGUUUCUCCACAGGAAGGAUGGAUUACUAUUCCUUACAAGGAUCUUCCUGAAGAUUGGAAUCGUGUGUCGGAUAUACGGUCCUUGUGCUCCCUAGAUCGUUCCUUUCUAUUUCCUGGUGAACAAGUUCAUAUCCUAGCAUGCUUGUCUGCUUGUAAGCAGGAUACGGAGAUUAUUACUCCUUUUAAAGUUGCUGCUAUGAUGAGUAAGAAUGGCAUAGGUCAUGGUCCUGACAAAGAAAAUGGUAAUGUUGAAAACAGAAACAAUUCAGUGACUGGAGAAGGGAAACUGAGUCCCAGCGGUGAAGAGCACAAAGUGGAAGACCUGGAAAAGGCAAAGAUUGAUCACCCAACUGAUGUUUCUGAUGGUGAAUCCCUUCUAAGGAUGGAGGUUCACAAAAGACAAACUGCAUUGUUGUUGCAAAAAUUUGAGAAUUCUCACUUCUUUGUGAGGAUUUCUGAGUACGAUGAACCACUUUGGACCAAACGAGGUUCUUCAGAAAAUUCAAGCUCCUCUGAACCAAAUGGCCAAAAGACAACAUCUGGAAGUAAUGAGAAUGCAAAAAAUGCGUCUUCUAUUUCUGCAGUAAUUGAUACAGCAAAUUUUGAUGCAACUAUUUCUGGUGGAGUGGCAAGAAAUUCUGUCAAGUGUUGUGCCCUACCAAAUGGAGAUAUAGUGGUUCUUUUACAGGUGAAUGUUGGUGUUGAAUUCCUGAGAGACCCUUGUAUAGAAAUUCUCCAAUAUGAAAAGUAUCAGGAAAAAUUACUGUCUUCUGAGAACCAGGACAAUCCAGUGCAUAUAAAUCAGGAUUCAUGUGGAGACUUAUUGAAAUGGAUACUACCAUUAGAUAACACUCUUGCCCCUGCUUCUCGCCAGCUUACUCCUCAGUUGUCUUCAAAUUCAGGAAGCAGUAGCACCUCUCAGAGGUCCAAUUCUUCCGCAUCAUCUGGCUCUCAAUUAUUCUCCUUUGGCAGCCAUUUUAGAAGUUACUCCAUGUCAUCAUUACCCCAAAAUACAAGUGCACCUACUGCUCCUUUAAAAGCAGCUAGUUCUAAGCCAAGCUUUGACAUUGAUGAUUGGGAUCAAAUCUCAUCUCAGAAAUUUUUUAGGAAAAAAAAUGGAGUUGAAGAACUUUUAUCCUUUCGAGGUGUAUCAUUGGAGCGAGAAAGAUUUUCUGUUUGUUGUGGAUUAGAAGGUAUCUAUACACCUGGAAGAAGGUGGAGAAGGAAAUUUGAAAUAGUACAACCUGUAGAGAUUCAUUCUUUUGCUGCUGACUGCAAUUCCGAGGAUCUUCUGUGUGUUCAGAUAAAGAAUAUUGCUCCUGCUCAUGUUCCAGAUAUUGUAGUAUUUAUAGAUGCUAUAACAAUUGUUUUCAAAGAGGCUACUAAAAGUGGACCACCUUCGUCGUUACCAAUUGCCUGUAUCGAAGCUGGAAAUGACCAUUCUUUACCAAAUUUGGCCCUCAGGAGAGGUGAAGAGCAUUCUUUUAUCCUUAAACCUGCAACUUCUACGUGGAAGAAUCUAAAGGUUCAGGAUGAAAGUUCUCAAGUUUUAAAGUUGCAAUCUGGAAACUCAGAAUCAAAAUUAAGUGUUUCCUCGAAGAGUCUUGACAGAACGAAGAUUGCUUCAAUUGAUGAUCAGUAUGCAAUUAUGGUGUCGUGUCGAUGCAAUUAUACAGCAUCAAGAUUAUUCUUUAAGCAAGCAACUAGCUGGCAACCACGUACAUUGAGGGAUAUUAUGAUCUCUGUUGCAUCUGAGAUGUCUGGAGAGUCGUCCAGACCUAAUGAAAGAAAUUCCGAACUUCCUGUGCAGGUUUUAACUCUUCAAGCUUCAAAUUUGACAUUUGAAGAUCUAACUUUGACAGUGCUUGCUCGAGCCUCCUUUAAUUCACCCCCUUCAGUGGUCUCUCUGAGUUCACCCACCAGUCCAAUGAGUCCUUUUAUUGGUUUCGCAGAAUUUUUGGGAAGGAUAAAUGGUGAAAGACAUACUGGUGCUGCUACCCAGGGGGGGAGCUUCACUUCUCUUGUCAAAGAAAAUGAGAAACAAAGUGAUGAUGCCAGACAGGCAAUUUCUAAUGAUGAUGUCAUUCCUAGUUCUGGCCUGAGUUGUACACAUCUUUGGCUGCAGAGUAGAGUUCCACUAGGAUGUAUCCCCUCUCAAUCCACAGCGACCAUUAAGCUUGAGCUACUUCCUUUGACGGAUGGCAUAAUUACACUUGACUCUUUGCAAAUCGAUGUCAAAGAAAAAGGUGUUACCUACAUCCCCGAGCGCUCACUAAAGAUAAAUGCAACUUCUAGCAUUUCCAAGGGAAUUAUUUAAAAUGGACUUGGGCUGGUUGCAUUUCUUUAAACACGUUAGAUAUCCUGUGCAGUAGAAGCAAAUAUGGAUAAUGUUUACUUGGAAUUGGAAUUUGUUCUUGCGACAUACUCUCAUUGACACAAAGGUAUCUUCCGUUAUUGUAGCAUUGUGAUGGAGUGGCGUGUCAAUUUAUUUAGAAAUAGAGGUUCACUUUUGUAUUGUAAACCACGAGGCUUAAAAUAGAUGAUUGUUACAUACCCCUUAAGGGGAAGUGUGUAAUCUUUAUAGAUAGAUCUAUUUUUUGUGAAGAUGUACGUAUCUGAUUCUUCAGAGUGAAAACAAUGAAUCGCCUCUUGAUUCAUAGCAGUGGGCAGCUGCUAUUCAGUGCGUUUCAAAUGAUCCAUCAGUGGAAACCUUGUAUUGAUGAAAUGCUGCUUUACAUUUUUUUUACAUACAUUAUUACACAGUAUUUUUGGUCGAUUAAUAUCCGGCCCAUUUCCGGCGUCCUUUUACGGGAUGAGCUAAAAAAUCUGAAUUCAAUUUGAGCCC